GUAUAUAAGUGUUCUGUGAAAGGCAUCCACGAGAAAUCUGGCCACACUGGUAAAAUAAAUAUAUUGUUGGAUUCUUCCACGAUUCUUCCUUGUUUGUGUAAUUCGUUUCUCGAUAAAAGUUUUUUUUGCAGUUCUGAACCAAACCAUCACAAUUCGAAAAAUAUGAUACAAUAAAAGGAUACAAUUUAUAAAAUCUGGAAUUAAUACAAUGGAAACUCAAUCAGAAGACAACUUACACUUAAAAGAUCGGGCUCUGAAUAAAAUUAUAUUUGGUGAAGAAUUAUUGAAGUCCAUAGAAAGUUACAAACACAUUGAAGGUUCUCAAAAACUAUGUCGUAAAAUUAACCAAGAAUUAAAGUUUUUGAGAAAGGCUUAUAAAAUUAAUUCAUUGAAAAAAGAACACCUACAAUGUUCAAAUCUUACUCAUUUCAAUGCACUCAUAAAUACUCUUAAAACAGUGGAUAAAUGUCAAAAUUUGAACAAAGUAUUUGUGUUGGAAGAUAGAAAGAUAACAGUUGAUAUAAUAAGUGAUGGUGGUCUAACAUGGACAAAAGUAAUUGCUAGGAAUCCAAAAUCUGUCAGCCAAAUAUGUAUGGGAAAUGCUAGUUAUGGUGUCAGAAGUAUUAUUGAUCAAGCCCAGGAUUAUGUGGAAUGUGCUAAGCUUCAUCCUUGUUUAUUUCAGUCCCCCAAGAUAAUUUUUGUGUUUACCAAUGGAGUAGGCAGUCAUAUAGCAGUUAAACUAGAAUCAUUUGGAAUUAUCGUGCAAGGUGAUAGAGUUAAUGAUACUCCUUUAGAAUUGGAUUCAGAUAGUGAUAUAGAAGAAGAAUACCCAACCUAUUUCAGAAUUUCUAAUGUGUCUGAUUUAUCCACAAAAGACAUAGCAAACAUAAACAAAGUAAACUUAGAUGUUUCUGCGAUGUUAGCAUAUUGCAGUUCUGUUACAAAUGGUAGUGCUGAAUUAUAUGACUUUAAUGUUCCAGUCCUAAAACAGCAAGCUGAAUGGGAAAGGCUAAGGCCACAAAAACCUAUUUUAGAUGCCUUUUUUAAUGGAAAAACUCUUUAUUGUUGUCAAACUGCAAAAGAUAAUUUCGUAAAUAUUGUUGAAACAGUUGGAGGACCUACUGAAAAAAUUAGAGCAGAAGAAUUAAUGAAAAAACUUAUAAUAUUACCAGAUAAUGCUGAUAAUACUCGUACAGAUAGUGGAGAACAGUUUAGAGACAUAUUUGAUAAAGUGCAAUAUAAUGAUGAAAAAAUUCUCAAAGUUGGAGGAAAAAUUAAGAAAAGGUCUUUCAUCAUUUUCACUUUUGGAGAUAGGAUUCAAGCUGUUACUGUAACUGCCAAUGAUGGUUUUGUUAGAGCUGCUAAACAACAGGGAAUCAAUUUUGUAGUUUUUGUUCAUGAAUCAAGAGCUUUAACUGAACAAAAAGAAAAAGUUAAAGCCAUACCUAUUGAAAAAUAAAAAUCUAUUCAAUAGGUUUAAAUCGUCAUUGAGUGCUGUGAGUUGCCUUUUAUUGCAAUUUCAAUUUUAUACUUUUAUUACUUUGAAAUAAUAUAUUGAUUAAUUAAAUA